UCCUCAUCGAAACUAUAUCAACUCAUUCAAAAACCAGAAGUCGAUCAUUAACACUGCAAAUUAUCAUCAACAAGUGCAAUAUGUCGAUCAUAGAAUUAUGCGUGCACAUGUGCUGCUCAGGCUGCGAAAUGAAAAUCAGGAAAUAUCUAGGCAGGCUCGACGGCAUCGACAGCGUGGACAUCGACAUGGCCAUGCAGAAGGUAACGGUAACCGGCUACGUCGACCAAAAGAAGGUGCUGAAAGCGGUAAGAAAGACCGGCCGAAGAGCAGUGCUGUGGCCUCAACCGGCACCUGGCAGUCACAUGACCGGCUUCAACCAGCAGCACUACAACUACGCAGCUCAGCCUGCUCACCUGGCGGCGAACACUGUAACUGCGAACCCUUUUGCUUACUCUACUGCAUCGACGUCGUCCUAUAAUUACCGAAAGCACGGGUACGAUGAGUCGAUUAUGCACGGGUAUUAUCAGAUGCCGGUGGGGAGCUCUGGGAUUGUUGGAGAGAGGGCGGGGACCAUGUUUAGUGACGAUAAUACAAGUGCUUGCUCCAUAAUGUGAAGGGGAUUGUUGUUGUUUUGUUAUAGAUAGGAUAUUGGGGAUCUUGUAUUUUAUGGAAAAAGAUCCGAGGGUUUGAGGAGGAAUUUAUGUAUGGACGUUCUUUGGGGAAAGUUUA